CGAGGAUAAUAUUUUAAAACAUAUAUUUAGUUAAUCAUGAAAGAAAUGUCUAAAAUAAAAUAUAACAAGAUUAUCGCACAGUUUCUUGUAUUUAUUAUCAAUAAAUGUGUCAUUUGUUUCGCUUCUAGUAUUUGAGAAAUUUGUUGAAAAUCGUCGUCUGGCAAACGAGCAGCUAUACCAAAAUGAACGUGAUAUCCUUACUACCUUUGUGAAGGAAGGACUCGCGACAUUCUAUGUAAAAUGUUAUGAAAGUGUUUCAUAGAACAAUUUCAUAAAAUAUUUCGAAUGGUGUGAGAAAAUUCCAUGGCUUUCAAUUUGACUGCAACCCCCAGUAGUGGAAUAAAGAGCUGUCCUUUUUACCGUAAUUCGGUCACAACAACAAAACAAUUGUCUCCAAGAUGUGCGGAUCAGAAAUCAAAGUAAGAUGGACUAAAUCGGAUCUCUCUAAUAUUUAACUCAGAUAUAAGAUAUUUCUGUGAUAAUGUCAAAUUCUCCAAGUACCGCCACAAUGACAACAAAUACCAACUCCUCAUCAUCACCAUCGGCAGCAUCUCCGCCAUCAAUGUUAGCUACUAAGAGAAGAAAUAUGAAAUUCUCCAGAAUGUAUCCAUUUGUGGCGAAUACAUAUCGUGAAAUACGAAAAUACUUGUCUUCUAUUAACAGCGACAUGAAUAGUGAGAUAUUAAUAAGAAUUGUUAAUAAAUUUAAGAGGGGCUGUUCUGAUAUAUUUGAUGCAGUUUUGGAAGACCCUGAAUUGAGUAAAAUGUUGGCAGCAACUAUUGUUCGCGUAUUGGAUUUACUCAAAGAUAUGAGCAAAAGGUGCAAUGAUUUAGAAGAAUUUCAUCAUCGAGUGUGUGAACUCAUAGCCUUCUAUAUAAGCUGUGAACUUAGAGCAAAUUUGGAGUGUCAAGACGAAGACAAUCUCUUAGAUAAUAGAAUUGUUUAUGUAAUAAGAAGGCAUUUGGCGCAAGAAGAUGAGAAUGAAACACUACACAACAUCUUGCGCACCCUGAUUUAUAUACCUCGACUGUCCAUACCCAACGACACAAUGUGUGCCAUCUUUGAAGAAUUUAUACCCCUCAAGACGCCACCGGAACCCAAACAAUUACCUGAUAAACUAUAUAUGUUGUACAUCAUAAUUUUCUAUCGUUGGAUGAAAAUGCAAAGCGAUGAAAGUGAUCAGCAAUUGAUUAUUAAUUUUGCCGCCACUUUUAUGAAACCCCAAGUUUCGUUGUGCACCAAUCCGUUAUAUAGUCAGCAUUUGCCCAAAUAUACACGUCACAGUCAGGCUACUCGCACAAUUUUGAAUCAAAUGAUAUACUAUAAAGAUUUGAGAAAUGCUUGUAUCAUUGAUAAUGCAUUUAAGGUGACUGGAACAAUUGUGGAUCUCUGUGAUAAUGAUGAUGAUGAGGAGGAGGUAGAUAACGUUAAAUUAGCUGUUCAAGAAUUCUCAUCUUUGGAUAUCAUGGAUUUUGUACAACUAUUUGCCGCCGUUCAAUUGGAGCUGGCAAAAACCUCAACCACUGCGUCGAAAGUUAAACAUGAGGAACAAAUAAUUGUGGAUAGUGUAGAUUUAACUGUGGCAGAAAAUGAACUCGAUAGUGAGGACCAAUUGAGAACCUUGUUUGAAAAACAAGACAAAUGGUUGGACAAAAUGAAGACAAUUACAAGACAGUACCUUUCAAUAAAAGAAAAACAACAGCUACAACAACAACAGAAAACCAAAGAAAAUUCUUCUAGUAUUAUAAGUUUGGAUAGUGAUUCUGGAGAAGAAUAUAAGCUAGAUGGAAAACAAAAGACUAGAAGUAAUAACUUACAGGCAGACAAUAAAGAUUUAUUUGAUGACAAUUAUCCUGAAACUGUAACGCCACUUGAUCACAAUUCGGAAAGUUGUGAAAAUGAAGAAACGCAUAUAAUUACCAAAUCAAUUCCCAGCUUUGUGGCUGCCGAUAAUAAUAGUCUACGUACCUAUGUGGCAAAGAAGAAUGGUAGUUCUUCACUGUCAUCAGCUGAUGAAUCCUGUAGCCGUUCUAUACACAAGAGAACAAGUGCGGCUAAUAAACUGGUCCAACGUCGGAAUAGUAUACAUAUAACUGCAACAUCGAAAUCUCCACCUCCUUCAUCACCACCACCACUACCUGCCAAUGCGGAAAGUGAAGAUGAAAGCACAUCGGAUGACGUCGAAUAUUACAGUAAUUUAUUUUACUCAUCUUCGCCGCAGAGGAAUAUGAAUUCUAGAGGACCGGGAGUGCCAUUUGAUCGUUUAAAUUCCACUUUUGGAUCUGGUGGAAGGGUGGUAUUUUCGCAAGCCAUGCCCGCCCGCAAUGGAUCCUCGCUUUCAAGAAAUGAUGAAACGAAUCUCUCAACAAAGUCCGAACCGCAUAGAACUAAAAAAGUUCAUUUCGAUAGCAGUCCCAUGGGUCCAACGGCAUCAUAUUCCAAACAGAAAUCAAUGAAUAAUCAUAUUCCACAUGCUCAAACAAACACCAAUGAUGAUGAAGAUGAUGAUGGUGAAUAUUUUGUACCAUUUUGGCAGAGAUCAUCAUUUCAAUGUUCCUCCUCCAGAUUGAAUAGCUUAAAUAUGUCACCAGCAAUGGCUAGACAACAGCAACAAGACCAUAGAACUGGACCCAACUCGUUAUACGGCAAUAUUUUUGAACGACGUCCAUCAAUAUCCAAUCGAAUGUCGGGCAUUGGAUCUCAUGCUUAUUCAACGAUGCCAUUUAAUUUCACAACUGGGAAACGAACUCUGCCCCCAUCACGUCUUGCCACAGAAGGCCAUCGUUGCAAAAAGAGAUUGAAUCGCCUUAAGUUACGACGUUCCACAAUUUCCGAUCAUGCCGAAUUCAAUAGAUAUCUGGCAGCACAAAUUCAAAAUGAAUCAACAAACCCACCACGCCAACAUUUAGCGGAAGACAACACAUGGGACGAAGGAUCGUAUCAACGUUUUCUCAGAAAUGAAAUCAGCGACCAUUUAGAUGUUGCCUCGACGGGAACAUUUAAUGGCGCCUGGUACGAUGAUAAAUUGACAAAUCAUUACGGAGUGGGGGUGAAGAGCCACGAAGAAAUGUUGGAAUUAGAACGCCAACGUAAUAUUAUGUACAAUGAGAUAUUACAGAAACAACGAAGAAAAUUGGAGCUGAAAGCUUUGGAAAAAAUGAAAGAGAAACAGCGACGCAAACAGGAGAAACAACAAAAACGUGAACAAUUCCAAAUGGAGCAGAGUGAAACAAUGAAACAGUUGGAACGUAUGAACUUAAGGGGAAAUGUAACGGACUUUGAAGAGGAAAAGGAAGAGACAGAGCCAUCGAAACACAAACAAACGAGAAGUGUGGAAACUUCAAAUAAAUUUAUCAGCAAGGGUCAGCUAAAAGAAUUUCCACCCGCAAUGCCUAGUUCACCAAAAAGGGGUCUAUUUAACAUAACAGCAAAGCCAGAUAAUGAAGUCCAACAUGAACCAGAACUUCAAACGAUGAAGGCAAAUAAACCAACAUUUGUAGUACCUGAAAGUCCUACAAAAUCGGCAGUUAAUUCAUAUUUACACAGCACGUCUGAAAAUGAAAAAGAAUCCUCGGACUUGGAUCAAGUUCCUUUAGCACAAAGGAAAACUAGAAAUCGUAAACCAACAAAGUCUCUGUCUCCGGAGAAGGUCGCUAACAAAAGACCAACAACUAAUACAAGAUCUACGCGCCAAAGAAGACAUACGUUAUGCAAUGCCAACAACAAUGAUUUAGAUCAAACCACUGAUUCUGAAUUUGAAGCCAAGAGGAGGCCAGUACGAGAGAGACGCAAAACCAUUACCUGCCAGCCAGCCUUAAAACGUAGAACAAGAAAUUCUGAACAAACAACUGAUUCGGAAAUGGAUGCAAAGCAAACCACUUCGUUAAGACAUUCGGCACGUUUAGCUCAGAGUCUAACGAAAUGUCCCAAGCAAUCCGAUUCGGAUUCAGUGGCUGAUGUUCAGGGUUUUUCUGAUUCGAUAAAAAUGUCAGCUCCAACUGAAACUGGAUUGAAAAGAAAGACAAAAAAAUCAUCCAAUGCUACAAAAAAGAAACCCAUAGUUAAAGAUCUGGUCGAGAAUGCUGUGCUCCAAACCGAUAAAAUCGUCGAGCAAAUAUCCCCACAAAUGUCUGAGGAAAAUAUUGUGGCAGUUAUUGCUCAACGUUUAUCUUCUCCCGACACCACAACCAUUUUGAACAAUCCUAUCGAAACGACAGAACAUGAGGAGAUUUUGGAAACAUUGGAGGAUAUGUUGGCCAAAGAACAAGCAACCAAAACUCAAGAACCAGAAAGCAUUACGAAAAAUGAUAACCAUAACAACCCUCAAAUGGGAGCAUCCGAUAUGCAUAGUGUGAUUGAAAACACUGUAAUCAAUGAAAUACAACGUGAAAUGGAUGGCCAAAAGAGCCCCGAGAAGGACGAUCCUCAGAAAACUCAAUGGAAUAUUCGAAAAAAUACAAUUUUGAAUUUUGAGGAUAGUCCGGAGAAUACAAUAGACAAUAACGAUCGGCGUAGUGACCAAUAUAAUUCCCCUCUAAUUAUAAGUAAGGUGCAAUCAUAUGCCUCGGUUCAGGAUUUUGAACUAUCCCUGGAGAGACCACAAACUUCAGCCGCCAACAAAGUCAUUGUUACGGAAAACAUAGUUUUAAGGCCACAAUUAUCAAAUGAAACAGAAUCUUCGCCUUCGCUAAACAUGCCUAUGAAUGAUUUAAUAUUAAAUCUAAAUGAUAUUCCUCUGUUGCCAAUGGACACUACAAAUGGAAUAACAUCUGGUGAAGAUAAUCAAAAUACCACAAAGGAAAAGGAGUAUUUAUCUCAGUCGACAGAAAACAGCUCGGGCCAGGAGAUGGAUUCAUUAGAGAACAACGAGAAAUUAGGGGUAUCUCUGCCAUACGAUUCAAUUACAAAGCCAUGUCAUGUGCUUUUAAAACGCCUCGAAAUCGAUGAGUACAUCAAUGCAAAACAUAAUCUCGAGGACAAAGAAUAUCCACCACCAGCAGAACAGGCGCAAUGCGAGGAACAGCAAAAAACAAAUAAUGGAAAUGACACCAACCCAGAAACUCUCUACCAUCCGUCGCAUAAAUCAAAUCUGCUCUUGGAGCAAUUUAAUAAUGCAAACAGAGCGACAACAUGGUCUCCAACCGAGUUGGUUGACCCAAAUGCUGUAGAUGAUUCUGAAGAUGAAAAUCAUUACUACCAUCGCAAAGACAAUUAUAUUUUGGAGGAGGAUAGAUCUACGACUUGGUCACCAACAGUAAUGGUAGAUACCGUUCCUGCCCCAAAUGAUGAUAGCCAUGGAAAUAAAAUGCUGAAAUCUUGCCUGUCAACGGGAAAAUCGCAAAAUGGCAUCUCCAAAACUCUUACCUUUAAUUCAAUGGUUGAAGUUAUAAGUGUCUCGCCCUGCAGUAGUGAGUCGUAUAUGACAUCACUUGAUUCCAAUUCAUCUUUAUUGCAAAGAACUGGGGUGCUAACAAAUGAUAGUCACGUUCAACGGAAUCAAUGUAUAUCUCCCAUUGAUAGUUUUCUGGAAGCUAACACUUCCAGUUCCAAUAUUUUGGAUUCUAAUGGGGAAACUAAUAACUUAGAGAAAUCACCACAAGAUGACACGACAAGUGGCAAAUAUGUUCCUGUAAAUGACUCGAACAGUAACCAGCUGUCCCCUGCUAAUUCAAGUCCUGGAUAUCCCACCCCUUCAUUGGAAUGUCAACGUCCUGUUGGACAAGAACAUGAGGUUGAAACAUCAAAACAGAUGGCAAUGGAAUAUCAUCGUCAUGUUGGACAAGAAAUUGAGAUUCAAACAUCAAAUCGUAUGACCAACAGCAACGAAACAAAUUCGAAUGAGAUACCAUCGAAUAAUUCGCCAAUACCAGUUUACCUUUUUAGCCACGAAGAAAUGAUACAAUUCACAUCCGCGGACUCAUUAUAUGUCUCUUCAUCAUGCGCCCCAGUAAAUCCUGCUGAUAAAAAUAAUCUCCCUACAAAUCCAAUGAUGUCACCCUCCGAACAAGAAGUAUCCUCUUCACAGGACCGGACACCAAUAAAUGAUACUCGCAAAACUGGUCAAGACAAGGCCGAUUCAAGUGGAGUCUUACAAAAUAAUCAAGUUGAUACGACAAAUAAUUUACCCGAGCUAAAUCCAGCACCAACUUUAGAUAGCUAUAUUGCCUCGUCCACAAUUGAUAUUGCAGCCCUGGCAGUUAAGGACAAAGAAAAACUGAAAUCGCCCAUAAACUCAAAGAAGUCAAAAGAACUGAAUCCUAAAGAAAUUUCUCAAAAACCCAUUUCCGCUGAUGUUGUCGCCAAUGACAAAAACCACGCCAAGGAGAGUAAAUUUAAAAUUCCCAAAAUAAAACGAGAUUUCAAUGAAAGAUCACACCUUGCUAUAACACUAAAGGAAGCGGUCAAGUCACCGACAUCAAAGGUCGUACGAAAUCCUUUUGUAACUAGAUCCACCUCAAGUAAUGGUGACGAGAAAACUAAAUUGGAAACCACAACCAAUAUGAAUUUAGGAUCCAAGCCAAGUGAAGAAAAUCCUUCAUUGACAAGAAGAACAGAAAACAAUCAGAAACGAGAACGUUCUGGCACGUCUAGUGAUACAGAACAAAAGAAAGUGAAAAGUGAUACUUCCAGUGAUAAUGAACUUAAAAGACCAAAAAGAAAAUUUGCCGAAGAUACUUCGAAAUCAGAUGAUGAAGCCAGUAAAAGGGAACGAUCGGCUACACCUAGUGAUAGUGAGCUUAAAAGGCCAAGAAGAAAAGUUGCGGAAGAUUCUAUGAAAUCAGACGAGAAAAAACCGGAAAGGGGACAUUGCACCACAUCUAGUGAACAAAAUAAACUUCACACAAAUAGAAAAACCAGUAAAAGAGAACGAUCGGCCACGCCCAGUGAUAAUGAGCUUAAAAGGCCAAAGAGAAAAACUACGGAAGAUGAUGCCAUAAUAAAAUCAGACGAUGAUAAAAAACUCCUCCAUACAAAUGUAAAAGCCAACAAAAGAGACCGAUCAGCCACACCCAGCGAUAAUGAGCUUAAAAGAUCCAAAAGGAAAAUUGAAGAAGAAACCCAAAAAUCGAAUGAUAAAACCCAGAAACCUGAAAAAUCAGAUACACCCAGUGAUGAUGACCUUAAGAGGUCAAAUGCCUUAACAUCGGAGGAUAAACCAAAGGACAAAUCCUCCUUGGUUAGCAAAACAAGUCAUAAAAUAGAUGAAAAUAAAUGCAAAGAUUCCAAAUCAAAGACAACUAAAACUGAGCAAACCCGUUCCAAAGAGAGGAAUAAAAACUCGGAACAAAAAAUCUCCAAAACGAAAAAGUCAGCGAAAAAUGAAAAACCUAGUUCUUCGUUAUCGGCAAACGAGGCCAGCAAAAAAUUCGAAAGUGCUUUAGCACUACCAACCAUAAACACAGAAAACCAUAAAAUGGCAACUGAGCUAACAACAAUACCCAGUCUAAGUUUUUAUACCAAAACUGAAAAGAAGGAAUCCAAUAAAAACAACGAAGAAAAAGUUAAACAUUCAAAGUCAUUCAGGAGUGAACAUAAAAAUACAACCAAAAAGAGUCAUCCCAAACAAAGUUCCAUUCAACAUGAUACUGAAAAUGAAAAAACUAUAUUAACUGAGCGAGAAUUGAGAACUGCCUCUCCUUUGCUUCUUCACACCAGUGUAGUUGAGGCCGAUGGUCGCGUACGAAAAAAACAUAAAACUAAAUAAUGUUUAAGGUACAACGCCGUGGUACGUCUACAAAUGAUACGCAAUGUCACAAAAUCUCUUAUGUUUAAAUGAUACAAACUGACUGAGUGCAACAAAAAUAUUCAGGCUUUAAAUAAAUACUACUACUACUAUUACCAACUUUAUAUAUACAUUUAAAUAUGUAAAUACUCAAGUAAAUAUAGUUCUAGUUUUAAAAAUUUGUACAAAUGUAUAAUUUAUUGUUCUAAUACAUGUUAACAAUAUUUUUUUGUUUUUAAUUUUCUUUCAAUUCAAUUUCGUAAACCACUGAAAUCUGUGUCAUUUUUUGUUUUUAAAAUGAAAAUUGGUAUCUCCAAUGUUAAUUUGAUAUUUUCAUAUUUUUUGUUGUUUUUUUUUUUUUUUUUUGUUAUUUAUCCGAUUUUAGAAUUCUCAAAUCCUUUCAUAUUCUUUUUGUACACAAAUAACUUGUAAACUUUAAUAAAUUUAAUUUUUCAAAAACA